UGCCUCGGCAGACGGGGGCCUUAAUGACAGACAGACAGGCGGGUCCGGGGCAGUCUGGAGAAAGAUGGCGGCAUUGAGAGCGCUGCUGCGGGUCCGGGGAGCGGGGCCCUGGAGAGCUGGGGGCCAGCUCGCCCGCCCGCAGAGUCAGUUCAGCUCCCUGGAGGAGAAGCCGCAGUUCCCGGGAGCGUCGGCCGAGUUUGUGGAGUCUCUGGAGUUCAUCCAGCCCAACGUCAUCUCCGGGAUCCCCAUCUACAGGGUGAUGGACAGACAGGGGCAGAUCAUGAACCCCAGCGAAGACCCCAAGAUCCCGAAAGAGAAGGUCCUGAAAUUCUACCACACGAUGACCCUGCUGAACACCAUGGACCGGAUCCUGUACGAGUCCCAGAGACAGGGCAGAAUAUCCUUCUAUAUGACUAACUACGGCGAGGAGGGGACCCACGUGGGCAGCGCGGCCGCCCUCGAUGACUCUGACAUGGUGUUUGGACAGUACAGGGAAGCGGGAGUCCUGAUGUACCGGGGUUACCCCCUGGACUUGUUCAUGGCGCAAUGCUACGGCAACGCGCACGACCCCGGCAAAGGGCGGCAAAUGCCGGUACAUUACGGCAGCAAAGAUCUGAACUUCGUAACCAUCUCGUCCCCCCUGGCAACUCAGAUUCCACAAGCCGUGGGAGCCGCCUAUGCCUUCAAGCGAGGGACCGCGGACCGCGCCGUCAUCUGUUAUUUUGGGGAGGGAGCAGCCAGUGAGGGCGAUGCCCACGCGGCCUUCAACUUCUCCGCCACCCUCGAGUGUCCAAUCAUCUUCUUCUGCAGAAACAACGGUUACGCCAUCUCUACGCCCACGUCUGAGCAAUACCGCGGGGACGGCAUCGCUGCCCGUGGCCCCGGUUAUGGCAUCAUGUCUAUCAGAGUGGACGGUAACGACGUUUUCGCUGUAUAUAACGCCACGAAGGAGGCGCGGCGCAGAGCGGUGGCGGAGAAUCAACCGUUUCUCAUUGAGGCCAUGACUUACAGGAUCGGACACCACAGUACGAGCGACGACAGCUCUGCCUACCGCUCCGUCGAUGAGGUCAAUUACUGGGACAAGCAGGACCACCCCAUCUCCCGGCUGCGGCACUACAUGCUACACCAGGGUUGGUGGGACGAGGAGCAGGAGAAAAUCUGGAGGAAGAAGUCCCGCAAGAUGGUCAUGGAGGCUUUUGAAGAGGCUGAACGGAAGAAUAAGCCCAGGGUGGCGCACAUGUUCUCGGACGUUUACUCAGAGACGCCGCCGCUGCUCAGGAAGCAGGAGGAGUCGCUGCGGAAACACCUGAAAGUCUACGGGGAACAUUACCCGCUGGACAGCUACGAGAAGUAACCCCCGACGGGGGCAACGACGGGACAGACGGACGCCCCGCUCCACGGAUCUCCCUGUUACAGGCUCGGUGUGCGGCCCCCCAGCGCCGCGCGGCCCCACGAAGCCGUCUUUAACCCUUAAAUCAAUUUAAUAAUUUUGGAUUUUGAACACGGAUCAGGAGGAGCAGCGGCCGCACGUUACAUGUAGAUUGUAGCGGUUAAUGCCCCAGGGGCCGGACCUGCCCUACGCACCGGGUGACAGGAACCCUGGGGGAGGGACUCCGGUCCUGCAUUAACGCGCUUUUUGGUGAAGGAACAUGAAAUAAAUGUUAAUAAAUACAA